AUGGUUUAUGAGGGAGGAGUGUCUUUGUGUGUGUGUGUGUGUUUGUGUGCGUCUUAGUCUGUAUCAGAGGGAUGAAAAAGAGCCAGCCUCAUGUUUCUGAAGUCAAUCACUAAAGAACCUGUCAUUUUUUCCAACUGAAGCCGGACGCAUCGAUCAGACCUGAUCAUUGUGCUUUUUAAAUUGCCGGACUAAAGUAUCGUAAUAAACCGAACACAGGCGGUUUUGUCAUUUGAGGAAGUUUCAUCACCUUUAUCACCUUUUUUUUUUUUUUUUUAUAUUUAUUUUUUUGGGGGGGUUGGAAAUCUACAUUGUGUCUGCCCACCAAGAAAAAAGGCCACAUAGUGUUCCAGAGGUUUGUGUUGUCGGCAUAUCAUCUCAGCCUCGGAGAUGCUGAGGAGACGGACCUGCAGGGAGAGGACGGGAGUUUUUUACCAGGAGUGAACGGAGGCGACUGUCGUCUUGGUCUGGACGGAGGAGGAAUAGCCGAUUUUACUGCAACUGAACAAACCUUUCCAUCAGCUGUUGGAGCUGAGCAGGUGGAAGUGCUGCUCGAGCUGCUCGGAGAAUCUGGUGGAUGUUUCCGACGGUGCUGGAGGUGGGGAGGCUGCCAGGCUGCAGCUAUGGUGGUUGAGGCGAGGUCUGCUCCCUCCUCGUCAGUGACCUCGCCGUUUGUCUCACCAUGCCAGAAGACCCCAUCGCCUCCGUCUUCUACAUCAUCCUGGAACUGCUGAUUGCUGUGUUCUCCGUGCUGGGCAAUGUCCUGGUCUGCUGGGCCGUGUGCCUCAACAGCAACCUGCAGAGCAUCACCAAUUUCUUCGUGGUGUCGCUGGCGGUGGCUGACAUAGCCGUUGGCGUCCUGGCCAUCCCUUUCGCCAUCGUCAUCAGUAUCGGCUUCUGCUCCAACUUCUACGGCUGCCUCUUCAUCGCCUGCUUCGUGCUGGUUCUCACCCAGAGCUCCAUCUUCAGCCUGCUGGCCAUCGCCAUCGACCGUUACAUUGCAAUCAAGAUACCACUCAGGUACAAUGGUUUGGUGACAGGCCAGCGGGCUCGAGGCAUCAUCGCCAUCUGCUGGAUUCUAUCCAUCAUCAUCGGUCUGACCCCGAUGAUGGGCUGGCACAAGCUGCCUGUGGGGGUCAACAGCACCUGCCCGCUCGGCCUGAUGAAGUGCCUGUUUGAGGAGGUGGUGGUCAUGGAAUAUAUGGUCUACUUCAACUUUUUUGCCUGCGUACUGAUUCCUCUACUGCUGAUGCUGGCCAUCUACCUGCGCAUCUUCAUGGCCACUCGUCACCAGCUCAAGCUGAUCGAGGUGAAAGCAGUUCACGGGGAGAAGUCGCGUACCACGCUGCAGAAGGAGGUGCAGGCUGCCAAGUCUCUGGCCAUCAUUGUCGGGCUGUUUGUAGUCUGCUGGCUGCCGUUACACAUCAUCAACUGCUUCACCCUGUUCUGUCCUCAGUGUCAGCGUCCUCCAGCCUGGAUCAUGUAUGUGGCCAUAAUCCUCUCUCACGCUAACUCUGUGGUCAACCCCUUCAUCUAUGCCUACCGAAUCCGGGAGUUCCGGCAAACUUUCCGAAGGAUUAUCCGGCGCCACAUACUGGGCCGGCAGGAGCUGUUUGAGAAUGGCAGCAGUAAGCGCAACUCCACUCACAACAGCAUCACAGACUCUAUCAGACUCAAGGCAAACGGCCUCAGCCUUCAACUUUUCACUGAGUACAGCAGCAGCAGUAGCUGUGAAAGCUUCUGCUGCUGCCCAACACACAUCUCUCCUAUAGGGGAAGGACUCUUGGUGGUAUCCCGCCCCGCUCUGUCAGCCAUCAUCUCCCACUGUCCUAAGAUGGAGCUGUGUGCAUUGCAAGACCUGAGACAGAAUCGGAUCCCAGUGGAUCAUCAUCUACAAAAUGCGGAGCAGCAGCAUGACUGUAGUGGACCAGAAGUCACAGAGGAUAAGGACCACGGCACAUCGCUGUUCAACCAACAGGGCAGCAAGAGCUACUGUGGUGAGGCAGCAAAUGUAUCCUGACGCACGAGGGGGUUUUGAUUAAUAUACGGGAGCCAGCAGCUACUGUCAAAAGAUCAGGAUAAGUCCCGAUCCACAAUGGAAAUGGGAGCACUGUGAACAGAUAGAGGAUAACGAAUAUCACUGAGAUAACUUAAAUCUGUUCACCACAUAAAACUGUCUCCACAAUGUAAUUCAAACCAUGAGUCUGUGAGCACUGCUAGUUUCCCAAAGAGGCUGUUCUGCUUCAUAUUGACCCAAGGUGGUUUAAAUCCACUGCGCCACUUCUAACUCUCCUAAUGUCCCUCUUUGUUUAAUUGCAGGUUGAAAGAACACGCCGUAGAGAGUGAGCAAAUCCUGCCACUUCUAAUGUGAAUGGACCUUAGGCUGGAGACAAACUUAACAUUAAAUUAUUGAUGCAUGCAUAUUUUUAAAUUUUAAGGGAUGUGGAUAUAAAGACUGAGAGUUAUUUAUUAAGCAGAAGUGCAAAAUCACAUGUGCCAUUUUUAGCUUAAGCCCAUCCUGAGGCAGUUGGUGCACAGACAGCACCACCAACCUGCACAGCAAAGUUAAUGCAUGAAGUUAAGGAUUUUUUUCCACUUUUCAGCCUCAUUCUUUUGCAUUAUAAUUUCCACAGCUAUUUGCGAGCACUCCCAACAGAAAUGAAUGGGUUCUGAUUAUAUUUUGGUUUGGUUUUUUUUGUAAUUGGACAAAAAAAAAAAAAUCAAGGACUGUACAUGUUCCAGUAGCAGCGUAAAGUUUCACACUGUUGAAAGCAUUAGCCUCAAAGUUGGUAAUGUGAUGCAGAUUUGUAGCCUUGUGUUUGCUCAGUGUGACAAUGUGACUUGAUUCAAGUUAAAUUGAAGGAAAUGUAAAUGUUCAUGUUGACCUCUGAGGUGUUUUAAUGAAUGAUGGGGUUAUAAUUUGAUAAGGAUUAUACAUUAUUACAUUUAAAACUUAAAUCAAACUGAUGAAAGAUUUUUUCAGUUUCUGUUUUCCUGAUGAAUUGUUCCUCAGUCCAGUGCAGCUAUCACCUUCUUUGUAUUCACAAUGAUAUUGGCACAAAGUCUGUCUUUAAAUAAAAUCGUUUCAUGUU